CGCCAGCAAUUGAGAAGUCCAGUCCAGUCGCUCAUUCGAUUCUCACUUCCAGUUCCAACCACGAAGAACCCACGACUCGACGACGAGCCCACGUCCAAGCUCCUGUCCUCAGCACAUCCAGGACCCUCCAUCCCCGACCGAAUACACUCGCUUCGUUUCACAGAGAGCGAGCCACUGGCCCGUCUCCUUUCACAAAUCACCAGACACCUCUCCCCGUCAUCUCAGCCCAGGAGGGACCCAGCUGAGAGCAGCAGCCGCAGGUCCGGACGAACACAUUCAUCCAACCAGACAGACAGUCAACCCCGACACUUUGAUUCUAUACCACGACCGACCCCGAUUUCUAUCUCUUAAUCGUAAACCCUAAUACCGGACGCAGCCCAGUCUCAACACGUUUACGUCGGAACCUCCUCGCACGCGACGACCGUAUCGGGACGAAUCAACCGACCGACCGACCGACCGAGUCAGUCUCAUCAGGGAAAGCUGAGCUGAGCUUCUGGGUUCCUAGCUCAACCCACCCGCCAAGGCGACGGCGACGGCGACAAUUACAACUAUCCUCUUGUCGCAGUAUCCACCAUCCCCCAGAUAGCUCGAAACAUAGAUGCCUUUUACCUGGCCAGCACCGCCAAGAUGCCCUGGCAACCACUGCCCCGAAUUGCUUUCGCCGUAGCUACAUAUCCCUUCACUGCCUCCAGCGCGGCCGACCUCCCCCUCGAAAUCGGCGACGAGUUAUACAUCAUUGAAGAGACACCCGAUGGGAACUGGUUGAGAGGCUACCUGGUCGCCCCUCCAAGUCUGCUUGCCGGUCUGACCAGUGUCAACGGCCAGACAUUAGAGGCUCGCGUCUUCAGCGGCAUCUUCCCCCGCAGCUGUGUCGAGGUACGCGAAGUGCUGGGCGAAAGUGACGAGACUGACGACAGCGAGCCUGACGAUGGGGAGCCAAACGGAGAGAAGAAGAAGAGAAGGAGCGAACGAGUGACAAAAGAAGGCCGCUUGUCCGUUCCCGUACAACGCGAUCCUAAUGAGCCUCGACCACCUGCUCCCGUACCUAUGCUCAAGAUUGGCGACGAAACACCUACUUCGGCUGCUGAACCCCUCAUUGAUGAGAUCGCAUCCUGCCUCCGCGAAUGGCACUCAACAAACCUUCAUGGGCUCCUGCUCUCGCGACAGUACGAAAAGCUCGACACUCUUUCCAAGCUGAUCACAAGCCUCAACCUCUCGCGACAGCAGUUUCUCCAUAAUGUCCUCACUACCUGGGAAUACGACAACUUGCGGGAAAAGACGGUUUGGGAUCUGGUCCGUGUCAACAAGCUGUGUGGAGGAGAGGUCAUCGUGCGCGAUCCCAACGCCCGUGGCCGUGUGAUGACGGGCGAUGAUUCUGUCGUAGAAAUAACCCAACUGCAGUCCGUCAUGAGCCUGCUGGACGAGCCUCCAACAACCACACCCGAGUUGACGGCCUUGCACCACUUGAUGGUGGACAUCAAAAUGUUUGCCGGCGCAUCCAACGAGUCGACAACCCUGGUCCUUUACCUUGCAACAAAAGCACCCGGAGGAAGAGUCACGCCUCUGUCGGAGAGUUACAUAGUAGAUGUGCCAGCUGGCGGACAACUAACCAACCUAGCACGGACCUCCCAGAUGCGCACGCUUUUUUCCGAUCUCUCGUCUGCCGACGUUGGUGAUGUACAGUCCUCCAAAUCCGAGUUGUUGUUGGUCGUCAAAAUCCGGGCACCUCAGUCAGUUGUAGCAGCCAAGCCGAGCUCUCGAUCAGGCGCGCCCUCCAACAGUUCGCCCCAGAUAUCCGCCAAAGAGUCAAAACCACCCCUGACGUCCGGGAAUAAAGCCUUGCGUAGGAGCAUGGUUUGGGCCAACAAGAAUACCCGGGGCGCGUUUACUAGGAAGAACUCGGACCUUGAGGCGUUGUCGGAGCAGGCCGAAGAACAGCAGACCAGCAAUGAAGCCCUUGAAAGUAGGGACGGAGGACCACCGAGUACCGCUAACUCGAAUAGAGCAGGUCGUUCUUCUAUGGACGGCCAAUCCCCACCGACUACAGCCGACAGGACAGUCGGCGUUGGAGUGCUGAAGCUGAACUCGAUCAUGAAGCAACAAGGCGAGGAGGUUGAACAUGUGGUCAACAUUUGGGCACCCUGCUCCAAGUUCCCAUCGGACAGACAUGGUGACAGCGAGGAAUGGGACCCACUAAUAAAGGAAAUAUGCGACAUCAGAUCAGGGCACCAUGAAAGGUCAAGGAGAGCCGAAAGGUUACAGAUACGCCUUCGGUCCUUCAACAACCCGGACGCCGACGCCCUUAUCAAGAUGACGCCUACGGUCUUGUCUGGGAUCUGCAAGACCAACAAGAUGGGUUUCUCUGGAGCGCCAACCAAGCCGCGAUCAGACAUCUAUGUCACCAUUGACGAAGCUAUCCUGACCAGGCAGACCCUACUGUCCCGGUACGGAGCAAGCGCGACAGCGCUGCCCAGCAGUAUUCACAGCACCAACUUGCAGAUUACCCUCGAGGUACGUCGGGCAAAUGGCGAACGCAUCGACUACUGCAUCUAUCCCUCUUCCAAAGACGAAGGCCUGAGCACAUGGAGAUCGACAGCCGUCGACCGUGGAGACCCGUGGAAGCAGAUCGUCAAGCUCGUCCUUGCUCCCCAAGAUGUCCAUCAGUCACACAUCGUCAUGUACCUUGCAGAUGCGCCAAAUCCUCCGUUCGCUGUCGCAUAUCUGCCUCUGUGGGAUCAGCAGGCCUUCAUCCAUGACGGUUCCCAUAACUUGUUGUUGUACAAGCUGGAUGAGAAUACGUCCAACGCCCAAGCCCCUGCAGGAGGCAAGGGAGGAUAUCUGAGCUUGCCUUUUGCUUCUAACUUCCGCGAUGAGCAUGCUGAGGUGACUGGUCCGCUGGCUGUUUUGCGCAUCGAUACAUAUCUUUGCAGCACGCGGUUCUCCCAAGACAAGGUCGUGCUGGGCCUGUUAAAGGGCAAGGACUUGCCUCUGGAAGAGGUACCUGACAUUCUGAAGGCAUUCAUCUUCGUACCCGAAAUCGAGGUUGUCAAGUUGCUGAACGAUGUCCUGGACGCCCUUUUUGGCAUUCUUGUUCAUUACACCGGGCACGACGACCUGGAAGAUCUCGUCUUCACUGCCUUGGUCAGAGUGCUGGACAUUGUUCAUGACAGGCGCUUCAACCUCGCUCCUCUUGUCGACCAGUACGCAGAAACUCGGUUCAAUUACCCAUUUGCCACGCCCUGUCUUGUCAGGUCCUUUACCAGGCUACUGUCAAAACCAACAGAGCCAGAGACAUCGCGGAAACUGCGCGCCACCUUCAAGGUUGUACGGCACAUCCUCAAGUUCAUCACCCAUGCCAGGGGCCAACAAAAGGAAAAGGAGGCUGGAAUAGGGAUCACCACCUCCAACCCCGGCUUCACGCGCCACCUGCGCACCAUCUUCAAGGCCCUCGAUGCUUUGAUGCGUAACCAGGCACCUGUUUUGGUGGGCAGCCAAACGCUCGCCGUCCAACAUUUUCACACGUGGCUGCCCGAACUCACCGGCUUAUUGACAACCGAGGAGAUUCUCCAUAUUGCCAUCGACUUCAUGGACUCUUGCUCAUCCGUCAAGGGCAAGCUCGUGCUGUACAAGCUGGUCCUCAUCAUCAACUACUCCAAGCUCGACAUCUUUUCGCACCCAGAGCAGCGGUCCGCCUUGAGCGCUAAUACCGUGAGGUGGAUCGCACCGCACUGGGGGCAUACUGAUGAGGUGACGGAGCAAUGGAGAGAACAGGUGCGGCUGUGCUGCUCAGUGCUUGCCAGCCAGGUCGAGCAUCUCGGACCGGAGAUCCCAGAUUAUAUCCCCAAAAUUAUCCAGUCUUACCUCGCCAUCCAGGCUGCCGAGAAGACGCCCAAAAACCGUUUGUCGCUUCUGUUCCCCACAUCAUACCCAUUCCCCGCCAAGCCGACUGCCGAAGAGGUGGUCUUUGACGAAGCCCUCAUCGAGCUCUCUGCUGUCCUGUCAGCGCUGUCCAACUCCCCCAGCGGCAUGCAACUGGAGCUGGCGGAAGACGAUCUCAACAUCCUUGUCGAAAGCUGCCUCCGCGUACUCAUGAGCAUUCUGCAAGGCGAGACCUUCCCCCCCAACUGGCUCAGCGUGCACAUCUUCCAUCACAAGUCGACCAUGCGGAUGCUGCAAUAUCUUGCCACUUUGUUGCUCGAGUCCUUCCUCCCGCAUCCGGAUGAGGCCGAGAACUUUGAUACCGAGCUGUGGAAGAUGUUCUUCACUACACUGCUCAAGCUGGUGGGGAGCCCCUCGCUGGCGUUGGAGACGUUCCCGGAGCAAAAGAGAAGAGCGGUCUGGAAGAUUGCAGGCGAUGUCAGAGAGCAUGGAGCCGAUCUGCUGAGGAAAACGUGGGAGGCUAUUGGAUGGGAGACAAGCCUGGAGGAGAGGGCACGGUAUGGGCUGUCUAAGAUGGGCGGUUAUCAGGUGCAGUAUGUGCCUACGCUUGUUGGGCCCAUUGUUGAGCUUUGUCUUAGUGUCCACGAGGGUCUCCGGAGGAUGGCUGUAGAGGUUCUGCAGACCAUGAUUGUCAGCGAGUGGACCCUGAGCGAGGAUUUGUCAGUCAUUCAGAUGGAGAUCAUCGACUGUCUUGAUGGCUACUUUAAGGAAAAGCCAUUGACAGAGAGUAUCCUCCAGAAGCUGUUUGUGAGCGAGCUUCUGGACCGCUUUGAACCCCUCUCCAAGAUCCCAGACGAGCCAUUGUACACUGCCAUCCGUAAGCUGAUGGGCACAGUCGACGAGUUCCUCGAUUUGCUGGUUGCCGUCCACGGCGGUGACGGUUCAGGUGAAACCUCCGACCUCGUUCACCGCCUCCGUCUCAUGGAGUUCCUUCGCGACAUGCAAAAGGAGGAAAUCUUCAUCCGCUACGUCCACCAGCUCGCCAGCCUCCAAGCCUCGUCCCGGAACUACACCGAAGCUGGGCUCGCUCUACGCCUACACGCAGACCUCUACGACUGGGACCCUCUCAAAACCACACCCGCCCUCGACGACCCUUGCUUUCCAGCGCAAUCCCAUUUUGAGCGCAAGGAGCGCAUCUACUUCGACAUGAUCAGGCACUUCGAAGACGGGCACGCCUGGUCCUGCGCGCUCGCUGCGUACAAAGAGCUCCAAGCCCAGUACGAGUCCAACAUCUUCGACUUCGCUAAGCUCGCCCGCACGCAACGGGCCAUUGCCACCAUUUACGAGACCAUCGCACACAAGACCGACAAGCUCAUACCCAAGUACUUCAAAGUCGUCUACAAGGGUCUCGGCUUCCCUCCUUCCGUACGCGACAAGGCUUUCGUCUUCGAGGGCGCAUCCCCUACCGAACGCACGGCUGGCUUCACCGAUCGCAUGCAGGAGAUGUAUCCCUCUGCGCAGAUCAUCACCCCUUCUUAUGACCGUGACACUGCAGAGUACGACGUUGAAGGCCAGUUCCUAAUCAUAUCAGCCAUUUCCCCCCACCGUGACCUCACGCAUACCGUCUUCCAGCGCGCUCGCGUUCCACAAAUCAUCCGCGACUAUCUUAUCUCUUCUAGCCCCCAAACGUUUAGCGUCAGCACAAAGAGAGACACGAACGGGGAUGUAAGGGAUCAUUACGCCGAGAAGACCCUCUACACCACCGCCGAACCUUUCCCAACCAUACUCAAACGGAGCGAGAUCGUUGAAAUCAAGCAUGUGAGGUUGACAGCAAAGGAGACGGCCCUGGAGAGGAUCGUGAGAAAAACGGGAGAGAUGACGGCUGUUGAGAAGAAGAUAGCAGAAGGACAGGCGCAAGGGGGUGAGGGAAGUGACGAGGCUACCGUGAUGUUGUUGGUCGAUGCGGUCAGCAUCAGUGUAAAUCCGGAGAGCGAAGCGAGUGUGAGUAGGUACCGAGAGCUGAUUCCUGGAAUGGGGAGCACGACGCCAAUCACGAUAAGAUGCGGGAGUGAUGAGGAUGAGGACGAGGAAGACGCCCCCCCAGAGAUUGAUGCCCAAGAGAACGCCAUCAAGAUGGCGUUGGUGGAUCAUGCGAUUAUGAUCAAGAGGUGUUUGGCAACCUUUGCGAAGAGCCCUAGGGAGAUGGUGAGGAAACAUGGGCAAGAUUUGCAGAAGUUCUUCGAACGAACAUUCGCCCCCGAAAUCGCAAUCUUCACACCACCACCCGCCCGCGCUCCCCAUCCCUCUCCCGGCAGCGAACGCACCGGCGGUAUCACACCCUCGCCAACCUGGCCACGAUCACCGGGACCUUCAGCUUUCAAUUCCGCAACCGGACAGCACAAACACCACCUAUCCGCCACUGCCUCUUUGGCGAAUGGCCACGGUCUCGGCAUCUCCUCAAACGCUCAAGGCCAUGCUCACACCGCAAGCGAAACAACAGAUGUUCUAGGCGAAAUUGUGGUCAGCACCGGAAUUUCCCAACCCGUUUCCCUGCGACAAGGACGUGGUGCAAGGCUGAGUUUCUUGGGAGGUAGGAGGAAGGAUGGGAAUUCCCCCACGGCUCAUCAGCUAUCGUCAACCGGUUCUAUCCCCCACCUACUGAACGGUAGCGAGCACAACCUCGCCAGCAGGUCCAAAUCUCACGAGGACAUGCACGCUGGAUCAGCAUCAGCAACGGUGAUGAACACGCCCACCACCAAUGGCGACCGAAGCCCCUCUGCCCCUAGCAAUGUAAUUCAAAGCAGGAAAGAGCAGCAACAGCAGCAAACCGACAACACACAAGAAGGGUACGGGUCGAUAGGGAAGGCGAACCGCCGCUCCUUCCUUCGCGGUUUCAGCUCUUCCGAUAAGGUUCACCUCAUUAACGCUAUCAACGGCGUGGCUGACAGUGUUGGUGGAAAUACGGACUGGCAGACGGAGUACUCAUCCCCUUCUAUUUCUCAGCCCAACUUGGAUUCACCCUUGCAAUCGCAAUCCGACCAGCUUGACCGAGAAAGGGAACGCGGAGCGGCGGCAGCGGCGCUGAAUGGUGUGUCUGUUGGUGGAUAUGGGAAGAAGGAAAAGAAGAGCAAGAAAGAUAAGGAGGACAAGGAGGAGGACAGAGACUUGAAGGAGCUUAAAGACAAGUUCCAUAACGGCAGUGCGAGUGUUAAGAAAAGGCUGAGCAUGCUGAAGUUGGGUAACAUGAAGAAGAGUGGAAAGGGGGAUGGAAAGAUGGGGGCACUGGAUGAGGAAUAGUGUCUUGCGUCUGCCACCGUUGGGUAUGAUGAGCAUUUUCUCGGGUGGGAUCAUUGUCAGCCUUGUCCGCCACGUCCGCCUCGUCAUCCGCUUCGUGACCGCCGGCAAGAAGGAUUUAUCUGAAGGACGAACCCAAAACCCGUGCUCAUACAGCUCAUGCUGUCAAACUAACACGGCUUCAUUUCUUUUGGUUUAGGAUAGAACAUAUCUUAUGGCAUUGGGCGCUCAAGGAGGGUGAUUGCGUUCUUUUGUUUUCUCUCUUUUUUGUUCAUCACGUCUGCACUUCAGGAUACCUAGGUAGAGGGACAUUUCACUCCGAACUUCUAUCUUCUAUCACCGUCAUCAUCAUGCUCUGCAUUACACGCUUCAUCAUUCAUAAUCUCCUUCAUCUUUCUACUAUCAUUCACGCACGGACUGGUCUACACGGAAUGAAACGGGUGGUCCUUAUAGGAGUGGGAGCCUCUGGGGGGCGGAACACUGAAGCACGUCUUGGUUUUUGUUGGAUGUUUGCAUCUUGGUGCUCCUUGUCGACGGACGAGCAAUGCAUGUCUAGGUACACUUUCCCUUUGUUUACUUUAUCCCUUUCCAAUGCUAGCUCGCACCACCGCUUGUACAAUAUGUUCUUACUCCGCUUCCUGUAUAAUAGACUUUGUCCGCCUUUACUUUGAUAGGAUGAGAAGAUCAAUCUCGUACCUUGGGCCUUUGGAGGCGACUGCUGGCAUAGCAGACUCAAAAGACGGGAGAAGGGUGAGCCCACAGGCGGAGAAGCGCGCGGGGAAAAUGCCUUUAAGCAGCCCUCUGAGGCGCAUCGGCGAGGCCUACCAAGUUCAAUGUUAAAAUAGAUAGCGAUGAAGGCGAUUUGAACAUCAAUCUCAGCGUGACCAGUU